AUGAAAGGAAUGAAGGAAAGAUUGGCAAAGAAAAUCAAACUCAUCACCAUUGUUGCAACCUUGAAGCAAGGCUUAGUUAUUCAUAAGAGUAACAUUGAUCGCACAAUCCAUCAUCUAAGAGACGAAAUAGUCCUCGAAUCUGGUCAAAUCAAAGGAUGUGUUACACCAACACUACUAGAGAUUGAAGAUGUCGAAGAACAAGAACACAAUCUUGAAGAAGAAAAAGGGAUUUUUUUGGAGUUUGAAGAGAUUUGUCCACCUGGAGGAGAAGAUUCAGUCGUGUUCUACACUACGGGUUUGCGAGGAGUGAGGAAAACGUUUGAAGCAUGUAGAAGAGUAAGGUUCUUGUUGGAGAAUCAUAGAGUGAUGUAUAGAGAGAGAGAUGUUUCAAUGGAUUCAGAGUUUAGAGAAGAGAUGUGGAGUUUGCUUGGAAGAAAAGUUACGUCUCCGAGGCUGUUCAUUAGAGGUAGGUACAUUGGAGGAGCAGAAGAAGUUGUGGCAUUAAACGAAAACGGAAAGCUAAAGAAACUUCUAGAAGGGAUCUCACUAGUUCAUUCACCUUGUGAAUGUUGCGAAAACGAACGGUUUUUGAUUUGUUCUAAUUGCCAUGGAAGCUCAAGGUUGAUUAUUGAAGAUCAUCAUGAUGAAGAGAUGUGGACGAGAUGCAGAGAAUGUAAUGAGAAUGGGCUUGUGAAAUGUCCUCUUUGUAGUUGA